UGUGUGUGGGUGUGUGGGCGUCGGGCAUGCGCAGAGCGGCGUCCCGGCGGAAGAUGGCGGCGGAGCGGGACCACAGGGAGCCCAAGGAGAAGGAGAAGGAGCGGGGACAGCAGCCGCCGCCGGCGCAGCAGCCGGCGCCGCCGGCGCAGCAGCAGGGGGCGGCGAAGCACGACGGGCGGGUGAAGAUCGGGCACUACAUCCUGGGCGACACGCUGGGCGUCGGCACCUUCGGGAAGGUCAAGGUUGGUAAACAUGAACUGACCGGGCACAAAGUGGCCGUGAAGAUCUUGAACCGACAGAAGAUCCGGAGCCUCGAUGUGGUGGGCAAGAUUCGCCGGGAAAUUCAGAACCUCAAGCUCUUCAGGCACCCUCAUAUCAUUAAACUGUACCAGGUCAUCAGCACACCAUCUGAUAUUUUCAUGGUGAUGGAAUAUGUCUCGGGAGGAGAGUUGUUUGAUUACAUCUGUAAAAAUGGAAGGCUGGACGAGAAGGAGAGCCGCCGCCUAUUCCAGCAGAUCCUCUCUGGGGUGGACUACUGCCACAGACAUAUGGUCGUCCACAGAGACCUGAAACCUGAAAAUGUAUUGCUCGACGCUCACAUGAACGCAAAAAUAGCCGAUUUUGGUCUUUCAAAUAUGAUGUCAGAUGGAGAAUUUUUAAGAACAAGCUGCGGCUCCCCCAACUAUGCAGCACCAGAAGUAAUCUCAGGAAGGUUGUAUGCGGGUCCAGAAGUUGACAUAUGGAGCAGCGGAGUGAUUCUCUAUGCGUUAUUAUGUGGUACCCUUCCAUUUGACGAUGAUCACGUGCCAACUCUCUUUAAGAAGAUAUGUGAUGGCAUCUUCUAUACCCCUCAGUACUUGAAUCCUUCUGUGAUAAGCCUUCUGAAACACAUGCUGCAGGUGGACCCCAUGAAAAGAGCCACGAUCAGAGACAUCAGGGAACACGAGUGGUUUAAACAGGACCUCCCGAAGUACCUCUUUCCCGAGGACCCGUCGUACAGUUCCACCAUGAUCGACGACGAGGCCCUGAAAGAGGUGUGCGAGAAAUUCGAGUGCACCGAGGAGGAAGUGCUCAGCUGCCUGUACAGCAGAAACCACCAGGACCCUCUGGCCGUUGCUUACCACCUCAUCAUCGAUAACCGAAGGAUAAUGAAUGAGGCCAAAGAUUUCUACCUGGCGACCAGCCCGCCCGACUCCUUCCUGGACGAUCACCAUUUGUCCCGCCCCCACCCCGAGAGAGUGCCGUUUCUGGUAGCGGAAACCCCCCGGUCUCGCCACACCCUCGACGAGCUGAACCCUCAGAAGUCCAAGCACCAGGGGGUGAGGAGGGCCAAAUGGCAUUUGGGCAUCCGGAGCCAGAGUCGCCCCAACGACAUCAUGGCCGAAGUGUGCCGAGCCAUUAAACAGCUGGAUUACGAAUGGAAGGUGGUGAACCCCUAUUAUUUACGGGUUCGUCGGAAGAACCCGGUGACGAGCACGUACUCGAAGAUGAGUCUGCAGCUAUACCAGGUGGACAGCAGGACGUACUUACUGGAUUUCCGCAGCAUCGAUGAUGAAAUUAUCGAAGCGAAGUCUGGCACGACAACCCCGCAGAGAUCGGGUUCGGUGAGCAACUAUCGGUCCGGCCAGAAGAACGACUCCGACGCCGAAGCGCCGGGGAAAUCCUCCGGUGUCUCCCUCACCUCCUCCGCGACCUCGCUCGACUCUCCCACAGCCGACUUAACCUCGCGACCGGGAAGUCACACGAUAGAGUUCUUCGAGAUGUGCGCAAAUCUCAUUAAAAUCCUCGCCCAGUAAAUAGAAAGCUUGCUUAUUUCUUUCACAGCAAUAAGCAUGCGUAAGUCGUAGCCAAAUGCUUCCAUUUAUAAUCCAGUUAGAAUUAGGGCAUUGAGGACACUAGCCCUCUCUGAACGCGGUUUGCACAGAGAUUGGAAACGCGAUUCGCCAGUUAGACUUCUAACCCGCCGAAAGGAAUUAGGAUCGUUUUACUGUCCACCGUUCAAGAAGCCCGGAAUCAAAUACAGACAUAGUAAGUCUUAGGCUUUUUGAGCUGACUUUUUGUUUUUCUUUUUUAAGUAUUUCGCAUUUAAGGCACCCUGGGCUUCGAAGAGUCUUAUGUUUUUACCAGGAGGGCCUCCUUUACUUUUUUCCUAGGUGUGACAUUUUUGCUUCCAAAAAAGCUGAGAGAUAUGGGCCCGGGAGUUCCAAGAGAUUAAUGAACGUGCUUCAUUGGCCUCAUUAUGUUCUUGAGCUUCAGGCAUUUCUAGAAGAGCUGAAACUCUGUGAGGGCCUGCCUCUUUUAAAAAUAUUUGAGAGUCAGUUGUUUUGAAGGUGUUUCAGAGAUGUAUCCAGCUCUCCUCUACUUGGCAGAGAAAUGUUGGAUGGCUUUGAAACGACCCGUAAAAAAGUACCAUUUUUAAAAAUGAAAACCCAAGUUUCAGUUUGAGCUCACUUUAUAGGUUGGGCAAUUCCAAUUCAGUUGUCACUUCUUAUGCAUUCAGAAACACUUGGACACUGGAUUCUUAGGCGGUCGGUUAGUGCUAGUAUUUUCGGUAAAUGAACUGCUCCACCAUAAGGACUGAAUUGACUUACCCUAUAAAAUCAAAUCAUUGUGCAGUUUUCUCUGAAUUAAGCAAGACGCUCCACUUAAACAUCUUGAUAGCCCGUUUCAGUAUUAAAAGGAAUACGAUUCUCUAGCCAACUGGUUCUCUAUGUAUCUUAAAUUGACCUAGUGUGGAUACCAAUUCAGUUAAUCAUUGUAAUGAUGUGGGUUUUUUUUAAUUUUUGUUCUGAAAAGCUAUCGAGUGGUGUGAUCUUUAGGUCUCCUAAAUGUUCUCCUUCCCUGAUAUUGUAAUAAUCCAAGGUUUUGGAUAAUUUUUUAAAAUUCUUUUGGAAAGGAACUUGGUGGAAAUGAGAGAGAAUGUUACGCCUUUUCAGAUAUUUAGGAGUAGGUACACCAAAUGCCAAUCCGAAGGCGUUUCGGAGACAUCUGGAAUCAUGAGUACAUUAGCGAAUUUAAAUAGCGAACCUUUCCGAUUUGCCUUAUCGCAUAUUUACUUCACCACAGUUUGGGUGACAGAUACUCGAGGAUUCUUCCGUCUCCGCAAGUCUGUUUUUUCUCCAUUUAAGGACUUUCAUCUAUUGGGACUGCUUUAGGUAAAUAAAGUAUCAUCUGCCUAAUCGGAGGAAAAUGUAUCCGUUUGAAUGCCAUGGCAAUUUGCAAAAGUGGUUGUCAUUACUGUUGUGAAAUAAUCUCCAGCAGUAUAGUAACAAGCCCUGAGCUGUGGGCGGGGAUAUUCUGGGCUGCAGUUUGUUGUCCAGGGCUCGCUGUAUUGAAACUGAGUUUGGAAGCUGUAUAAAGUAUUAAAGUAUUUGUUUAAAUAGAAGUUA